AUGACGGCGCUCUGCGGCUCACUGAAGAUGUCGGACGCUCGUUGUGGGCCAAAUCUUUGUCGCGGAGGGGCGCAGAGGACGAUGAUGCCGAGGCGCGUGAAGAUUUCGCUCACGCCAGCGGUGCCGCCGCGCAGGGGCAGUUUCUCGGUUGGAGUGCAUCCAUUGAGAUACCGCUUUUGUAAAGCCCUAAUCCCGAAAGCAACUGGUCCAGGAAAAGACCCAAGUCCUGACCAAGGAGAGGGAAACAGUAAAGAGGGGCUGCUGGAUGCUGAAGAAGAUGAACUGAGAAAAGGGCUCCUUGAGUUUGCAAUUAAAAUAGGAGGUGUUGGCACUAUUGCUGUCGUCUUGGGCUUUUUCUUGGACAUUGACCCCUUUGCGAACAUCCACUGGUCGAUCCCAGACAUCACUAUUGGCAUGUGGUGCGUCGCACCCUUGCUCAUCUACAAUUCGUUUGUGAUGCUCUGGAAUGGCGGCCAGACCAAGAACAUCGGCAACUUGAUAAUUGAGCGCAUCGACUCAUCAGCAUCAGAGUCAGAACAACAGCCUGUUGCAACGUUGGGGCCUGUGAAGGAGCGGUCCGAGAUGGAAACACUGAUGUCUGCCUUGCUACAAUACCAGCAGCAGGCUGCGAUUGACAACCCAUCCAGAGAGCUGAGUCCGUUGGUGGAGGGAGUGAUCAUUGUGCUGGUGAGCCUGUCUGCAGAGAUGUUCUAUCGAGCCAUACUCCUCACUGUUUCAGGCUCAUGGAUACGUGACCGCCUGUAUGAGGGUGGCGCUGAAGAUUUGUUGUGGGGGACGGGUGUGCCAACGGACGAGGCUGGGCUGUGGUUUGCCACAUUCCUGUUUGCCAGCUUUGGAGUCAGAGGCCUGAUUGUUCGGUGGCAGGCAGUGGCAAGUUUCAAGUCCUCGAUGUCGGAGAAAUUUCGAAAGUUUCCUGGAGGUGCAGUAAGUGGUGCUGCUGCCAAAGCUCUGAGAAGAGCUUCUGAAGUGACCAAGGUGGCAACUGUCAUUGACGCUGUCGAUUCCGUCAUGAACGAGGCAAGUGUUGCCCACACCUGA